AUGCCAAAUCUGAAAGUCCCGGAUUCCUACUAUACCCCAUUAUAUCUCCGAGACUGGCCAACCCUAAUUCUCUCAAUUUUCUCAACAAUUUUGAAUUUUUUAAACAUUUUUGUUCUUUCAAAAAACUUCCCGCAAUUCAAAAUGCUCGCAUUUAUCAGUGGAGCAGACUUGCUCAAAUCGAUUACUGUAGUUUUUAUCGAAUUUUGGUUAAUUAUUUUCUAUACGGAACAUUUGAUUUGUGGAACUUAUUUGAACUAUUAUGAUGCCUUUUUUGAAUAUAUCAUAUCUGGAAUUUUUCAAUUUUCUGGAUUUCUUGGAUUUGCAGCUUGUGGGGUUACUGUAGUUUUUCGCAACUCAAAAAAUACCAUGAAAAUUGCAAUUUUCGCAUCGAUUUUAUUGAUUUUUUGGUUUCUGCUUUCUAUUAUUUUUCAAAUUUAUCUAUUUCUACAGCUACCGUAUAAACCAUGUCAAAUCGAUAAUUCUUUGGAGAAUUAUAUAAAAAAUCGAAAUUGGAUUACUGUAAUUGCGUUUUUGACAUACGGUAUCGAAACAAUUUCUUUAGUUCUAUCAUUUUUGAUUACUUUGAGUUUAUUGAUUUUUUUGGGCUGUAAGAAAUAUGAAAAUGAUGCGGAGAGACUUCGAAAAUUGCAUUUUUCGAUUUUGUUGAGUUUUUUCAUUUUUGGACCGAAAAAUAUGGGUUUGCUGAUAGAAUUUUUGGUUAAUAGAAUAAUUCCCUAUAUUCCUGUAAAUAUUGGCUAUACAAUCGCAUUAAUUGGACCAAUUCUUCGUCCGUUUAUUAUUUAUUUUCGAUCAUUUAAAUAUCAAAAAACUGUCGGAACCUAUUUUCGGAUUCCAUUCAGACGUGGAUAUGUGGAGAAUAUCGAUGGGAAUAAUGAUUUGGUUGAAAGGUUUUGA